UCUGCACCACCACCACCGGCGACACCUCUUCCUCCCCGUAUUCCUUCGUCCUUCCUCACCUCCUUAGCGGGCGCCACCUAAUUCUUCUCCGCUAUCGUCACCUCCUUCUCUGUGAAUCUGUGCUUGCGGGGGGGCCACCAGCGUACGGCUGCCUCUUUCUCCUCUUCGCCUUCCUUUGCUUGUUUGGAAUCCCAGAUUUUGGGUUGCGAAUUAACAUUUUUGUUUGAAUCUUUUCUUUUUUUUUUCGCUUAUGAAAUUUAACCCGAUUUUGUUGGAAUUUGUUCAAAUCGAUUUAAUUUGAGUUGAAAUCUUGAUCUGGGUUGAAUCAAAUUUGAAUCUGUUCUAUUGCCGGCGGGAAAGCCAUUGGGUGGCGGACGGAAAUCUGUUGAGGGUAUUAUGGUAUUUUUAUUUUUAUACAUAUUUAAUUAAAUAUAAAGAUUAAAUUUGUUUUAGUCAUAGAAUUCAACGGGGUCCUUUAUUUCUUUCUUGCCCAUUGUUUGUCUUAAUGGAAAACCAUAAACAGCGGCCAUCGUCCUCAAGUUCAAUUCCUGCCUCCGGAAUCCUGAGAUUUGAUUUUCUUCCUUUCUAAGAAGACCUUGGACUAGAAAAGUAAAACCUCCCCUAACCCCACUGACGCGCGUUAAAUGCGUGCAACUCUUUCGCCACAUUGCAUUUCCCCGAAACUCACGCUACUGGGAUUAUUCCAGGCAGUCUGAGAUUUUUCCCUUCGUUCUUCUCUUGGUCGGUUUUCUCUCAGCCAUUGAACAAUAGCUCUUGGGUUUCGGAGAAUCCUGGCUCUUUGUGUCGAAAGCACGGAUAUUAGUUCAGAUUCGGACAAGAUGGGUUCGAAGGUCGAGAAGAAAGGCUAUGGGAUCCGAUGGGUUUGGGUGCUGGUUGCUCUCGUUGCGGUGUUUGUUGCCAUGGCUAUGUCAUCUUCAACUUCUCCCAAAAUAUCUCUUUUUGGAGCUAUUAACAGAGCUUGUCAGUGUGCUCAGGGCACUCACAAGUAUAGUGGGAUAGUGGAGGAUUGCUGUUGUGAUUAUGAGACCGUGAAUAAUCUUAAUGUGGAAGUGUUGUAUCCAUCACUUCAGGAGCUUGUGAAAACCUCAUUCUUUCGAUAUUUCAAGGUUAAGUUAUGGUGUGACUGCCCCUUUUGGCCUGAUGAUGGUAUGUGUCGCUUGCGGGACUGCAGUGUAUGUGAAUGUCCAGAUAGUGAGUUUCCGGAAUUAUUCAAGAAGCCUCACCGCCUUCCAUUGGAUGACCUUAUUUGUCAAGAAGGAAAACCUCAAGCAGCUGUUGAUCGAACCGUAGAUAGAAAAGCUUUCAGAGGAUGGACAGAAACUGACAAUCCCUGGACAAAUGAUGAUGAGACCGACAAUGAUGAAUUGACUUAUGUGAAUCUUCAACUGAAUCCUGAAAGAUAUACUGGUUACAGUGGUCCAUCUGCAAGAAGGAUAUGGGAUGCUAUCUAUUCUGAGAACUGCCCUAAAUAUCCCUCUGAAGAGUUAUGCCAGGAGGAAAAAAUUUUGUAUAAAUUGAUAUCUGGUCUUCACUCCUCCAUAUCGAUACAUAUAGCUGCUGAUUAUCUACUGGAUGAAGCGUCAAACUUGUGGGGUCAGAAUCUUACUUUGAUGUAUGAUCGAGUCUUAAAAUACCCAGAUCGUGUCAGAAAUUUGUACUUCACUUUCCUUUUUGUCCUACGAGCAGUAACCAAAGCUGGGGAGUAUCUAGAACAGGCUGAAUAUGAUACAGGGAACCCCAUUGAGGACCUUAAGACACAAUCCUUGAUGAGACAGAUGCUUUACAACCCCAAAUUUCAAGCUGCUUGUCCGGUUCCGUUUGAUGAAGCUAAGCUGUGGAAAGGCAAAAGUGGUCCGGAGCUUAAACAGAAAAUUCAACAGCAGUUCCGAAAUAUUAGUGCAAUAAUGGAUUGUGUGGGAUGCGAGAAGUGUCGGUUAUGGGGAAAACUUCAGGUUCAGGGUCUGGGGACAGCAUUAAAAAUUCUCUUUACUGUCGAUGGUCAAGAAAAUGGGGAUCAAACACUGCAGUUGCAAAGAAAUGAAGUAAUUGCCUUGAUGAAUCUCCUUAAUCGACUGUCAGAAUCUGUCAAAUUUGUUCAUGAAAUGGGACCCACAGCUGAGAGAAUUUUUGAAGGGCAUCUUUCUGCUCAUGGUUUGAUCAGCUCAUGGAAAAGAAUCUGGUCAUAUGUAGUCAAAGCAUAGGCAGCAAUUGUUAAGCCCAGUGUCAUACUGUACACAUUACAACCGAAACAGGGAAGGCUUGAGAAGCCAUUGACUGAAAAUUUUACAAGGACAUGAUAGUUGUGUAUAUUGACCAAACUGUAUGUAGCAAAUUUGAAAAUUUUGAACACAGGCUAAGAAUCGCAUCAUUGUGAGACACCCUCUUGCUUGAGCACAUAAAAUAACAAAUUUACCUCAAGAUUAUUGGUCAAAACACUAAUAAUAUGUAGGGAUCGUUGAGGGGCCGACAAGCUCAUCGUGAUAUGUAUGUUUUCUAUAACUCUGCUGAAAGAGAAUCUAUGGCACUCCCCUAAAUUAAAGAAGGUGGUGUUUGAACCACAAGUCUCUCA